AUCACAUGACAUGAUAUGCACAGCAGGCUGUCCACUUGUUUGAUUUCUUCUAGCUGCUAUUAUAAAAUCACUGACAACUAGAAACAGAUCAACAUUGUAGAGUGUGCUGUAAAGCUAAGAGGAACAUUUAAUGAGAGCAUACGAAGAAUGGACAAACAAAUGACAAAAGAUGCAAUCAAGAAACUGGACACGAAACUCGAAUGUUCGAUUUGCCUUGACACUUUCAAGCAACCAAAACUCUUACCAUGCUAUCACGUAUUUUGCACGUCCCCGUGUCUGGAGAAACUAGCAACCAAGGAUGGACGCUCCCUCACUUGUCCCACUUGUCGACACAUCGUCCCACUGUCAGAAAGGGGAGUGGCUGGACUGCAAUCAGACUUCCACAUCGACCACUUGUUUGAGAUACGAGAUGCAUUCGAUAAAGCUGGCAAUACUAACUGUGAGAACUGUGAAGACGAGAAAGCAACAGGGUACUGCUGUGACUGCAAGAACCUUGUGUGUGAUGAUUGCCAAGGUAUUCAUUCGAGACUGAAACUAACAAAAUCCCACAAAAUCAUUUCUCUUGAGAAGUUUGAGGGGACUAUUCCAGUGUCCGAGAAAACUGCUUCUUAUUGCCCAAAGCAUCCAACAAAGACGCUAUCACUAAUUUGUGAAACUUGCUCUGUACUUACUUGUAUCUACUGUGCACGAAGUGAUCAUCAAGGGCACAAUUACGAACUGAUCAGUGAUGUUUUCCCCCACCACAAAAAAGACAUAGUGCUGGCUUUAGAACCGCUCAAACAGAAGAUAGGAAAUGCACAGACAAUUCUCCUAUCAAUCAAUACUGCAGUCAAAGAAAUUCAAAACCAAAGGGUCACCGUUGAAGCAAACAUACACAGAGAGAUUGACGAGCAACAUCAACUGUUAGAUCAGCGCAAAAUAGAACUUGUAGGAGAGCUAGAGAUGAUGACUCAGCAGAAACUAAAGGACCUGGCCACAAAGAAGGACCAGGUGGAGCUGAGCAAGGCGAACAUUGUUGGUUGUCUAGACAACACAAGUAGUGUCCUUGAAACAGGCCCUAAGGGUGAAGUUCUCACAAAGAAGGAAACCCUCUUACGUCAAAUCGAAGAAGCAGUUACUGAUUAUCUCCCAGAGGUGAUUGUAGAGACAAGAGCUGAUAUCGAACUGGUCACUGAUGGAAAGGAAAAGUGUCAACAAAACUGUCGAGAGUUUCUGGAAAUUCGAAAAGGAGGACCUGUAAGUCUCAAAAACUGUCGUAUCUCAGAAGGGGUAAAAAAUCCCAUGUACAUAGUGACUGGAGAAGAACAAACGAUAGUAUUUCAAGCCAAAAAUGAACAAAAUGAAAUAUUUGAAGGCAAGCUCCGACUUGAAGCCAAUGUUAUACACUCUGACACCCAAAACGAGCCAGUUAACAGACACGAAAUAAUCAAGCAACAAAAUGGACAGUAUUAUAUUAUUUAUCGACCUGUGAAAAGAGGGAAGCAUAUGCUAUAUCUUACUGUCAACGGGCACCAAUUUCAAGACAAACCCUUUCCAAUUGUAGUUCUUCCCUCAUCCAAACAAGUCCAGGUUGUGAGAAAAUUAGACAAAGUGAGAGGAGUAGCUAUCAACAGCACGGGAGAGAUGAUCGUUGUGAAUAAAAAUGGAACUCAAAUAUCUGUGCUGAAACCGACUGGAGAGAAAAUACGUACAUUCGGUACACAAGGUAUAGAGAAUGGACAACUAUCAAAUGCAUACGGAGUAACUGUCGAUAAACAUGACAACAUUUAUGUGUCUGAUUAUGGAAAUAAUCGUAUUCAGAAGUUUAAACGAGGAGGGCAGUUUGUGAAAGCAGUUGGAAACACAGGAAAUCAAGCAUUGGAAUUUCAAUCGGCUGUUGACAUAUGCUAUAACCACGUAGAUAACAAUCUGUAUGUUGUUGAUCAAAACAACCACCGAAUACAAGUGUUGUCAACGGAGCUGCAAUUUGUAAGCACUUUCGGAACACAAGGAGCACAAUAUGGGCAGCUCAAACAUCCCAUAAGCUGUGCUUUUGAUAGUGCGAACAACUUGUAUGUGACAGAAUGGGACAACAGCCGUGUACAGGUCUUCACCACAGAGGGAGAAUUUCUUAGCGCAUUUAGCAACAAAGCUAAUAAUGUAACGUUAUAUCAUCCACUGUCAAUUGCUAUAGACAGUAAUGAUACAGUAUUUGUGAGCGAAGAAGGCAAGAAGUACGUGAAUAUCUUCAACACCCAAGGAGAAUAUAUAACAGCUAUCGAUAUAGAAGAACAAUUUGGAAAUAUUUACGGAUUGGUGACCAACCAAAAUGAUCAACUCAUAGUUUCAGACCGAAGCUAUGGAUAUCUGAAAGUGUAUUAGACAAAAUGUUGUGUUUACCGAUAGAAUGUAUAUACAUGGUUACAUUGCAAUUAUGUAAUCUAAGCAAAGGACAUGAGUGUUUAUUUUUGGGCA